AUGUCUACUGUAGAUAAGUUCAUAGAGCGCUUCAUAUUCGAAGGCGAACUCGACGACAGCCAGCACGAGUUCUUCAUUCGCAAGGACGCGGCGUACGUCGGCGCGCGCUCCAAGCGAUACUGGGACAAGGGCUACCACCUGGCUCCCGGCGCCGUGCCCGGCUUCCUUCGGCCGCUGGCGCGCUUCAUCCUGCUGUGCGGGCUACCGGGACAGGGCUGCCACCUGGCUCCCGGCGCCGUGCCCGCCUUCCUGCGGCCGCUGGCGCGCUUCAUCCUGCUGUGCGGCAAGUCGCUGCGCCUGCUCAAGCUGUGCAGCCCUGGCGACCCCCUAGUGCUACUAGUGUCUUCCGACCACCCUCGCAUCGAGUGCUGUCGUUCAUUCGAAGAGUUAGCUCGACAGCAAGAACUCUUACGAGUGUACCGCACUCGAUGCCUAUUCGUGAGGGAGCCGGCGUCGCUGAGACAACUCCUGCUCAAUAGAGAGGCCGAGAGGAAGGCAUUUGCUGAGAUGGCUACUUUGAAGCAAGCUGAGACCAUGGAGAAGAUUAUUGCCGAACGCAAACGUCUCGCCCAACUCAUAAUAGCUGAAAAGCAGCACUCCCUACGAGUGCUUGAAGCAGCUAUGGCCGAAGCAAAGGCGGCCAAGCUGAAGGCCAAGCAACGUGAGAGGCGCCGCUACCAGUUGGAACUUGAGGCUGAAAAAGCUACGGAGGAGGUCGACUCCAAACUGAGGGACGAUGAGAGGAACAAGAUAAUGGAAUAUUACUCGAAGCUAAAUAUGGAAGUUGAGAAGAGUAAAAUUCACACGGAGUGGAAAAUGAAACGAUUGCAACUAGACCAAAGUAGAAUGCAGCUUCUAUCAACCGAAGAACGAAACCUCAAAAGAGAGAAGUUAGAACUUGAACAUCAGCGAAACGAAGUGAUGGCGAUGUCCACACAAAGCGACUGUUUCAGAGACGAAAGCGAUCCCAAAGAUGAUGAAAUUGUCGCAGCUAUUGAUCCCAAAAUGACAAAAUCAGAUUCCUUGGUCAUAGGAGAGAGUUCAAGCCCAAAUGAUAACGCUAAAUCAACCAGUGACAUGUUCAGUGUUCUUUGCAAUGCAGCAAAAAGUAUUUUUGGUGUUUCGAAAACUCCAGAUGACAAUAACGUGCUCAAAUUAGAUGCCCAAGGAAAUAUUUUACCUGACACUACAACUUCCAGCGAAGUGAUAGGAAACAAACUCGACUGGGCACACGAUAAUGAACAGUUUUUGAAGAUGAGACAAGAGGCAUAUUUGAACAAGCAAAAGGUAAUGGCACACGAGUUUGGGCAGCUGGAUAAAGAGAACAAUCCAAUGAAAGAUCCGCCCCUGAUACCUUCGAUAGACGAAGAGAACAAUUUUGAAGAUAUUUGGUCUCCAUUCGCGGAAGCGAAACGCAAUAAAUUGAAAGUUCUUGGGGCAGAGUUUGGUAUGGCCAAACCAGAGGGGGCGCCAAUCGUGACUGAACCGAGGACUGAUGCUCAUAAAGAGGCGUUGGUCAACAGGCAGAAAGUGCUAGGUGUUGAGUAUAACCUGCCCAAAGAUAUGACUAAAAGAGAGCCGGCAACAGAGGCGCAGGAGGAGGCUUUAGUGAACAAGCAAAAGAUUAUGGGUGUGGAGUAUAAUCUUCCAGCGGAAGAAACUGUUCAAAGGGAGCCAGCAAACGAGGCACAGGAAGAAGCUUUAGUUAAUAGGAACAAGAUUAUGGGGGUAGAAUACAAUCUGCCAGCAGAAGAAACCAUAAGAAAAGAACCAGCGAAUAUAGCUCAGGAGGAAGCAUUAGUUAAUAGAAACAAAAUAAUGGGCGUUGAGUACAAUCUGCCAGCUGAAGAAACUGCGCAAAAAGAGCCAGCAACCGAGGCCCAAGAAGAAGCUGUAGUGAACAGAAACAAAAUUAUGGGGGUUGAAUACAACCUUCCAGCAAUAGAGAUCGCUCAGAGAGAGCCAGCAAACGCAGCACAAGAAGAAGCAUUAGUGAAUAGAAAUAAAAUAAUGGGCGUUGAGUAUAACCUUCCAAUAGAAAUCGCUCCGAGAGAGCCAGCCACCAAAGCUCAGCACGAAGCUUUAGCUAACAGACACAAAGUGAUGGGCGUCGAAUACAACCUCCCUUUAGACGCGACCAGAAGAGAACCGGCAACCGAAGCUCAGGAACAGGCCUUGAAGAAUCGGAAGAAGGUUAUGAAUUCAGAUUUUGAGGGCAUAGAGCCUAGUCGGAAACCACAACGGUCGGGCUUGACCUUGAAUUUGAAGCCGUUUGGAGAGACUUCGACUCAGUUGUUGGGAGUUACUCCGAACACUGGAGCGGUGACCCCAGGAGAGUUCUAUUCCAGGCUGGACUUAGAAACACCAACCACUGCAGAUGUGCCUCUCGAAAGCGCUGUGACCAGUGACUUCUAUACCCCCCGAAGCGAAGGCAGCAAGGAUUUAGACUCCGGCAAGAAGACCGACAAAGACCUAAUCACUUCCGAAGGCUUCACCUUCCCGGUCAUAGACGAUGAUACCAUAGACUCGGAGAACAUAAGCGACGUCCAAACCGGUGAAAGUCCUGAAGUAUCUCCAUCUAAAAUAGGCCUGGAAAAUAAAAACUUCAAACGCAACAUAUCCUUUUUCAACAUUCUAGACGGGUCUUACAAUCUUGAUGAGUUUGAUCCAUUCGGAGUAAAAGAUUUGAAAAGUUAUUCCAAAGACCAUUUUCACAGUAAAAUGGAUUUGGAAAUGGCGUCAUCGUGCUAUACGCAUCCAGCUAUUAUUAUGGAGGAGGUGAAAAAACGCCCGUAUUCGAAUAUCUUUGCAUCCCAUUUCGAGGAGGAAAAGGAUGAAAAAAUUACAAAUGAUAAUAUAGCUACGUUGACGGCUUGCCUUCAAAGGUCGGUCAUGCUACCUCUGACUUACCAGCUGGAGAUUGUGAACAACUCGAUUUUGACGUAUUUUCUGGUAAACUUGGAUAUGUAUGAGCAUCUGAGGAGUUUGAAGGAUUACUUCUUCCUGAUGGAUGGAGAGUUUUCCAGGAGUAUUUGCCACAACUUGUUUUCGAAGCUGACGAAGACGUUGAAUCCGCAAGAGCUGCUCAAUUUUGCAACGUUGCACAACAUCCUUGAUAAGGCAUUGGGUUCUUCGAUAUCACAUGUCCACAAAUUCUCGGAAAACCUCUCGUUCACGAUAACGGAGUCGCCUCUAAGCUUCCAGCACAGUUCGCCAGACGUUCUCCAGUGUCUAUCGCUCACUUACGCGGUGUGCUGGCCGCUUAACAUCAUUCUGUCGCAGGAGGCACUGCUGCGGUACGCCAAAGUGUUUCAAUUCUUGCUGAAGAUGAGGAGGAUCUUUUGGGUGUUGGGUGAAGAUUUUGAGUCUCUAAAACUAUCCGUGAAACUGUCAAAGCAAAACUCAAGAAAGCUUCUCAAGUCCCCUCACUACACAUCAAUCCAAAUAUAUCGCCACAUAAUGGCGUCCAUGAUCCGCGCUUUAGACAACUACAUCGUCACCACAUGCAUACUGUCUUCCUGGACGGAGUUCGAGAAUGACCUCACCAAGGCUCGAACCCUGGACGAUUUGUACGAAUGCCACGUGGUGUAUAUCAAGAAGGUGUUAUUCAGAUGUCUGCUGAAUAACAGGUCUACGCCAGUCAUGAAGUUGCUGAACGAUAUAUUCACGGUUAUACUGAAGUUUAGCAGGGUUUUGAAGGCUGGCGAAUGGCAACAACAAGAACCCAACGGUCACUUCACACACACCAGCUUUACGCAACUCGAAGAAUUGUUCCAUCUGUUCGAGAAGCUCGCCAAAUACCUUCACAAGGUCGUCACGAAGCUUAUGGAGUGUGGUUACCAGCGACACUUGGUGGAACUGCUCACUAUGGUCAACCUGAACGGGUAUUAUGACCCAGAGAGGACAAAAGAAGACCACAACGUGAGUGCUAUGUCUACAGGAUUUUGAGGUUUUUGCAACAUAAUUUUGUACCUUUUUGAGUAAUUUUGGGAAAACAAUUUUUUGUUUCGUUUUGCUGGUACAGAUUUGACGUACUAGGAAAGGGGACAUAGAGCGUUUUCACAUUAGGGCGUUCGUAGCGCGACUGCAGCGAGGCAGCGGCGUUUUUAUAAUGUGAAGGCAUGCAUCCGCUGUCAAAUAGUAUGAAAUUUUCGGCAGCGCGUCUGUCGCGCGUUUAUCGCGCUGCUAAAUCGACUGAAUGUGAAAGCGCUCUAACGCGACUUGAAAAACUAAUGUUGAACGCGUAUUUUGAUCUAAACGCUUUUGAGGUUGUGAUGUUUACAUAUCUUUCGGCUAAAGAUGCGCUGAUUAUAAUGUAGACAGGGCAAGGCACUUUUUACCGCGUUCUCGUUACGAUCACGUGUUGAGGUUGUUCGAAUAUAAUUUUGUGCGAGUGAAAAGCUUCUUGAAAUCGUACAUUCAAUUUAAAUCUGAAGUGCUCGAUGUGGUAAAAUGAUGUUAUGUAUUGGACACGAUGAGACUUGGAAUAUAUUGCGAAGGAAAAUCGAGAAUGAAAAUUGUUGAAGAAAAAGAUCGAUGCGAAAAAUAGUAAAUAACACGGACGAGGAUUAAGCGAAUCAAUAUAUCUUUUACUUAUUUAAAGUCAUAAAGUACAAUUACUUUUAACUGCAUAAUGACUUCACAAGGCAAACAAAUAUGGUGUAAAGCGGAGCGUUACCUUUAUCGUACAUACCUACUUGUAUUUAUAAUUAUGAAUUUGAGUUCAACAAUACCAUUAGGGUCUAUUGGUAUAAUCAAAAUCAUGUUAACUGGUAAUGAACCAUGUUUUAUAUGAAGAAAUCUAGUAUUCAAAGUAAAAACAAAAAAUAUGAAAUAGUACAAAUCCCAAAUAAUCAUAAAACAAAAUACAUAUUUUUCUAGUCUCUUACAUAAGCAAAUAUUAUAAAAAUUACCCUAUCAAAGCCAAUAACCUAUGCAAACUCUCAAUAACGUAUGGAAACUUUUAACUCAUAUUAUGAUACUGAUAAUAAUUAUACUAGAUUUUAGCUUAUUAA